UGCGAAGAAGGAUAAAAACAUACAUCAUAGCGAAUGUCGGUUAAAUUUAUUCUUCUACUCGUGCAAAAGUGAGAUAUCGCUGUGUUUAAAAACUUCAACUAAUAAUACUAAAGAACCUCUCAGUAAAAAGUGUUCUAUAAAGUAUAAUUUCAUAGAUUUCAAAAUAGAUUUUAUGCGCCAGGGAGUGCGAUGCACUCGUGGUGUUUUUAUUUAUUUUAGGCAUGAGCACAGGUCCUAGUUUGGACGGUCUGUCACUUGCUUUGUCACAGAUCAGCUUUGCUGUUACAGAAUUAUCAAAGAAAAAUUAUAAAAGUAAUGCUGCUGAGUUAAAAUCAAUUGUUCAGAAAUACGGUCCUGAAGCUGAAAGGCAUUUGUUUCGUUGUCUUCUAUCGUUUGUGGAUUUUAAUUGUGAUAAUAAUAGUAACCGAGAUAUAGCUCAGGUUCAACUUUUUAUUGAAGCUUGCAAGGAACUUGUAGUUAAACCAAAUUUUGUUUCUGUUCUUUGCUACGCACUAGAGAAGCCUGAAUCAUUACAAAAGUCAAUCAAGCCUUCUUUUCAAUUUUUGCAUUCAUUCAGUAAGGUUCUAAAGCUUUCUAAAGUACAAGAGGUUGUUUUUGGUAUUGGGCUUCAAAGUUCAAAAAAUAUUGCAUUUCAAACAGCAGCUCAUGCAUUUGUAAAGCAAAAGCUCCCAGAACUACUUAGAUCAUACAUAGAAUCAGAAUUAAUUGGAAGUACUAGCCAAGAAGCAGCUGGUUUAGGAGACGUAGCAAUAGAGGUUCUUCAUCUCCUUUUAGCAUAUCUUUUAAAUAAAAAUCAGGAAGAGUCUAUUGUUUCAGAAGAUCAACUUAAAUCAUUUUUGAACUCCUUAAGGAAAGAUUUUCCUUGGGAAAGAGCUCCUGCUGUCUUAGCUCCAUUAUUAUAUCCUGCUAAACAAAUUCAAGAAACAUCUUCGUUAAAUUUUGAAGCAGGAAAUAAAAUCAAAAUAGAGAUGUUAGAAUCAAAUUUAAUGGAUAUAAUGGAGGAACUGGGGUAUGGUUGCAUAGCAACGCGUGAGGACUGUAGAGAAACCAUUUCUCAUAUUAAUAUUGCUAAUUUAACACCAGCAGUUGUUGCAAUGGUUCUAGCAAUGAUGGCUCGCACUAGAGUUGGAUUAGAUGGAAGUGGCUCUAUACAGAAUUACUCCCGAUGUUCAAUUAGUACAAAUGAUAAGCGGCCUCAGUCAUGGAAUGUUGAAAUAUUUAUUGAUGUAUUGAAAGAAAUAAAACCAUCUUUAAAUUGGUUGCAAGUAAUGCAAGAACUUGAUCAUCCAGGUUUUUUUAUUAAAGACCCUGAAGGGUUACAGCUUAUAUUAUUUGCAUAUUACAAAAGUACAAACAACUCAAGUUUUCCUAUUCAAUGUCUUUAUAAAACAUGGAUAAACACUAUUGGUCAGCUCUCUUGGAUAGAAACAUCACUCAAUCACCCUGAUGUAUUUUGUUUUGGUGAUAUGCCAUCACGUUCUGUAGAUAUUUCUUUAUUGAAAUCUUCUCCUGAUGAAACAAAUCGCGAAAUGAGAACAUGGAAAUCUCUUGAUUUGGUUGAAAUUUUGCUACAUUUGUCUGAAUCCGGAAGCUAUGAAAAUGUUCUCAAGCUUUUUGCUUGGCCUGUAAAAAACUGUCCUGAUGUCCUUGUUUUAGCUUUACUUCAAGUCACAUCUGGUUGGUAUCCUUUGCGUAAUGACCUAAUAUCUAUGCUAAUGCCUCUCUUUUUAAUGAACCAUCAAAAUUCAAUGUGUGUUCUUCAUUACACAUGGCAUGGACAGACUCAGUCUCCUUCUAUUCGUCAGUUGGUAAUGCAAUCAAUGGCAGAUUGGUAUUUAAAAGCAGAAAAGAUAGGUGAUCAAGCUGAGCAGCAAACUCGUUUGUCAAGAAUCUUGGAUGUUGCUCAAGAUUUAAAAGCAUUGUCAAUUUUACUUAACUCAUCUCCAUUUUCAUUUGUAAUUGAUUUGGCUGCUUUGGCAUCAAGAAGAGAGUAUUUGAAACUUGAUAAAUGGUUAGCAGACAAGCUGAGGGAACAUCAGGAACCAUUUACACAAGCUCUGGUAAACUUUCUUAAACGUCGUUGUCCACAACUUUUGGGUUUAAGUGAUAAAGAGUUACCAAAAGCAGUACAAUUGCCACCGGAAACAAUUUCAACAACUUUGUCAUGCCUUCAUCAGUUUGGCAGCGGACUUAGUCUUGAAUUAACUGACACAAUAAAAACUAUGUUAGCAAACCAUGGGCCUUUAAUGAAACCACGACCUGGUAACUCUGGUCCAAAUGUACUUAUUAUGCCUCCAAAACGCGAGAAUGGAUUUAGUUCACCACUAGCAGGAAUGUCUCCUUCACCUAUUGGUACUCAGCCUGAUUCUUUUUCUUCUGUUUUUGGACUAUCAAAUGCAUUCAAUAACACUACUUCAAGCAGUAGCCAGUACCAAAAUUUUAAUGGAUCAUCUCUGGGAGGGUUUAGCUCCUCUUUUGGAAGCAUAAACAAUAUGUCAUCUACUGCUGUACAGCAGCAUUCUAAGUUUAAUAAUAUUUUAAGUAGCGAUCGAAGCUCCUCUGUUCCUAUUGGUAGUUCUUUAUCAUCAAGUUCUUUAUCUUCUAUGUCACAAAAUCCUUUAAUACCUCAGUUAACUGGAAAUAUAUCGCCAGCAAACUCAAUGUCACAGAACUCUCUUAUAUCACAGUUUACAGGAAACCAAUCUCAAAAUUUUAGUAAUUCAUUUGGUCUUGGUGGUUCAUUAUCAGGCGGUAAUAUAACUCCUAUUUCAUCUAUUGGCAGUAGUGGAAGUGGACUGGGAUCUAGUAGUUUGUCUGAUUCUUUUUCUACUGUGGGAAGCAGUUUGAAUUCUCAAGCUCAAAGGAGGUCAAAUCCUUUAUCUAGUUUGGGAGCAAGUAGUUUCUCUGCAUUUACAAACCAAUCUGCUGUUUCAAAUAUAGCUCAAAAUAGACAAGCCGAUAGGUUAAAGCAAGGUGAUAUUUCCGCUGUUGUUCCUGGAAUGGAUCAAACUUUUUCAAAAGAAGUUGACGAUGAAGCUAAUAGUUAUUUUCAAAGAAUUUAUAAUCAGCCACCUAACCCUACUAUGUCUAUUGAUGAAGUAUUAGCAAUGCUUAAAAGAUUUAAAGAUUCAACAGAAAAAAAAGAAAGAGAUGUUUUUUUAUGUAUGUUGCGUAAUUUAUUUGAGGAGUAUCGGUUUCUACCAAAGUAUCCUGAGAAAGAACUACUCAUAACGGCUUCUUUGUUUGGAGGUUUUAUUGAGCAAGGAUUUGUUACCUAUAUGGGACUUGGUAUUGCUUUGCGCCAUGUUUUAGAUGCUCUGCGUUAUCCACCUGGAACAAAAAUGUAUAUGUUUGGCACAGCUGCACUUGAUCGUUUUAAAACUCGAUUAAAAGAUUAUCCUCAUUAUUGCCAACAUUUAGCAUCAAUACCUCAUUAUAAAGAAUUUCCACCUAAUUUAGUUGAGUACAUUGCUUUUGGUCAACGACAUUUAGAGCCACCUAAUUCUGCUAUUGUCCGAAAUAAUAUGAAUAACUCUCCUAACUUUGGAUUUCUUGGAUCAAUGGGCUCUAACAGAGUAGGUUUAAAUACGCCUACAGAUUCAGUUACUCCUCCACCCCUUUCUCAAUCCAUGAUUCCAGUGUAUGUUUCAAAAACCAGUGCAAUUACAACAGGUUCAAAUGUUGUCACUGCAGUAACAACAAUUAGUACAACAACUUCAAAAGAGCCAUCGAUUGCAAUCACAACUAAUAUUGAUACUCUUCUCGAUGCAACACAAAGUGGAAUGAUUCAACCUGGAGAAGUUAUCCAAGAUAAAGUUCAUUUUAUCUUUAACAAUAUUUCUGCUCAAAAUAUUAAGCAAAAGGCUACAGAUUUAAAGCAAACCAUUUUACCGGAAUAUUAUCCAUGGUUGGCACAAUAUCUCGUUAUGAAAAGAGUUAGCAUUGAACCUAAUUUCCAUUCAUUAUAUUCAGAGUUCUUGCAAGCACUCUCUGUAGCUGAACUUAGCCAGAUGGUACUUGAUGAAACUUACAGAAAUAUAAAGGUGCUGCUGCGUUCUGAUAAAGGUCCUGCAAACUUUUCUGAUCGCUCACUACUAAAAAAUCUUGGGCAUUGGCUAGGGAUUCAAACAUUAGGAAACAACAAACCAAUUCUCUUUAAGGAUUUAGAAGUCAAGUCUUUACUUAUUGAAGCAUUCUUUAAAGGUCAACAGGAGCUUCUCUACGUAGUUCCAUUUGUUGCUAAAAUCCUAGAAGCAUGUGCUAAAAGCAAGAUUUUUAAACCAUAUAAUCCAUGGUUAAUGGGAGCAAUGUCAGUUAUGGUAGAGUUACAUCAAAUGCCUGAUCUGAAAUUGAAUCUUAAGUUUGAAGUUGAAGUUCUUUGCAAUACACUUUUACUUGAUCUUCAGGAAAUAAAACCCAGUGAACUAUUAAAAAAUUCUGAUAUAUUAAAUAAAUUGGAACACCAGCUUAUACCUGCAGAAAAAGAAAAAAAUCAAAAUGCUGAUUCAUCUGUGCCAGUAAUAGGACCUCCAGCGCCUAUGUUUGCUUACAAUGAUAUCAUUAUUGGUGCGUUAGCAUGGUUAGGGCCACAUAUUCAACUUAAUCCGAAUAUUGUCUUGUUUCAACAAUAUCCACAUCUUAAGCAAUGCAUACGACCAGCAAUUGAAAGAGCUGUACAAGAACUUUUAUUUCCUGUAGUUGAACGCUCAAUCAAGCUCUGUCUCACAACUGCUGAAAUGAUUGUCAAAAAGGAUUUCUCACUGGACCCUGAAGAAACACGUAUGCGAAUAGCAGCACAUCAUAUGGUUCGCAAUCUUACUGCUGGUAUGGCCAUGAUCACUUGUCGAGAACCUCUCCUUGCAAGUUUAGUUAAUAACAUAAAAAACAAUCUUUCAUCUGCAUUUAGAAGUGCGAAUUUGCAGCAAAAAGAUCAACUUGAACAAGCUGCACAAAUUGUUGCCAGUGAAAACUUUGAGCUAUGUUGUGUUUUCAUACAAAAAACUGCUGUUGAAAGAGCUCUUCAUGAGACUGAUAAAAGAUUGUUAACAGAGUAUGAAUUACGAAAACAUGCUAGAAGUGAAAAUAGGCGUUACUGUGAUCCAUUUGUUUUAACAUAUCAAGCAGAAAGAAUGCCUGAACAAAUAAGACUUAAGGUAGGGGGUGUCACCGCAGGUCAAAUGACAGUCUAUGAAGAGUUUGCAAGAUCUAUUCCUGGAUUUCUACCACCUCAAAAUGGAUCUCUUAUUGAGCCUUUUCCAAAACCUAUACCUGAAACACAAGCUACAUUGUUGCCUCAAACUGAUGUUCACGUUAGUGAUACACACAAGUCUUACAUGCCAGAUGAUGUUGUGCAUAUUCUUGGUAAAUGUGCUGCUGAGAUUGAACAGCACAUUCAUCAUAUGGAGCAACAGGCUCAACAGUUAAUGGUUAACCAUGCUUCACAACAUCUUGCACAACUUCAUAAUUUGCUUGACAUGGUUGUUAAUGCUAGAGUAACCAGAGAUAAUCUUUCAUCACUUAGACUUAUACGAAAGGCUGUAGAAGGAGUACUUGAAACCAUGCUUCCUAAUGAUACUGAAAUGGCUCUUCGGUAUAAAGAUUGUCAUUUAAUUGUUCUUCGUGGCUUUCAAGAUCCUCGUGGCUAUGGGCCUUUAUGGACAGCAAGGCAGGUACUUAAAGUUCUUGCAGACCUUCCACCUGAAGUAAGAUUUAAUUUUGAAGGAAUAGAUAUUCUCUGCCGUGCACAUUUAAUUACAAUGAGAGAAUUUGAUGGCAUGCUUGCCCAGUGGAUUGAUGGAGGACAUUGCAUGCCUGCACUGCAAUUAGCUGUGCAACUAUGUAGAUUAUAUUUGAUUGAAGAAAAAAAUCGACAGAUUGUUACUGAGAGUGACUUGUCUACAACACUUGAAGUUAUCAAAAGAGCUUACCAAAACCGUCAAAACCCAGAAGGACUUUCAUCUUUGCUUGAAGGAAUUCAUGCCAAUCAGGCUGUUAGCAAUACACCUGGGAGUGUUUUAUUUGGUGGUAGGGCACCAGGUUCUUCAAUACAUGGCUUUAAUCAUGAUUUUGAUGAUGUAUCAGGACUUCAUGAAAAGGUUGAGUAUCUUCUUCGUGAAUGGGUUCGUCUUUAUCACCAUCAAAGUGCUGGAAGAUACAGUGAAAAGGCUUUUCAGGCAUUUGUUCCUCAAUUACAUCAAUAUGGUAUUCUAAAGACAGAUGAUCUUAUAACUCGUUUUUUCAAAUAUUGCACUGAAAUUUGUGUUGAUCUCACCUACAGAGCUUUACAAGAUUAUGCUCAAAGUCCAACACAAGCUCGCACUAAAUGUUUUCCUACAAUUGAUGCUUAUUGUCGUUUGAUUGCACUUUUAGUGAAGCAUUCUGGAGAUAAUGCAAACAGUGUUACAAAAAUCAAUCUCUUAAACAGAGUUUUAGGAAUCAUUGGAACAGUUGUUAUUAAGGACCAUGAAUAUCGUCAGGCAGAGUUUCAUCAAUUAGCUUAUCAUCGAAUGUUUGUCAUGCUACUUAUAGAAUUGAAUGCACCGGAGCCUGUUUUAGAGGCUAUUAAUUUUCAAAUUCUUUCUUGUUUUGCAAAUGUGUUUCAUGAUUUGCGUCCAUCUAGAGCUCCUGGUUUUUCAUAUUCAUGGUUGGAGUUGAUUGCACACAGGACAUUGAUGUCUAAACUUUUGCUCAAUUCUCCUCAGCAAAAAGGUUGGAGUUUGUAUCAUCAGCUACUAAUUGACCUUUUUCAGUUUUUAUCUCCAUUCCUUCGAAAUGUUGAACUUGCCAAGCAAACUUAUUUGAUUUACAAAGGAACAUUGCGUGUUCUUCUUGUGUUGCUGCAUGAUUUUCCUGAAUUUCUUUGUGACUAUCACUUCAGUUUUUGUGAUGUGAUCCCACCAAACUGUAUUCAAAUGCGUAACUUGAUACUUAGUGCAUUCCCUCGAAAUAUGCGUUUACCUGAUCCGUUUACUCCAAAUCUUAAGGUUGAUUUACUAAAUGACAUUGCUCAUCCGCCACGUAUACUGACUAAUUUUGCUCAAGCUAUACUACCUCCAAAUUUCAAAAGAGAUCUUGACUCUUAUUUGAAGACUCGGGCUCCUGUUACAUUUUUAUCUGAACUCAGGAGUCACUUGCAGUCAAUAAAUGAACCCGGAACUCGAUAUAAUGUUCCAUUAAUGAAUGCUCUGGUUCUUUAUGUUGGAACACAAGCAAUAUCUUAUAUACAAAGCAAAAGUGGUGCAACAUCUGUACAAACUAUAACACAUUCUUCACAUAUGGAUAUAUUUCAAAAUUUAGCUGUAGAUCUAGAUACUGAAGGAAGAUAUUUAUAUUUAAAUGCAAUCGCUAAUCAACUUCGCUAUCCAAACAGCCACACUCAUUACUUUAGCUGCACUUUGUUAUACCUUUUUGCCGAAGCAAACUCUGAAGCAAUUCAAGAGCAAAUAACGCGAGUUUUGCUGGAGCGGUUAAUAGUCAAUAGACCUCAUCCUUGGGGACUGCUUAUAACUUUUAUUGAGUUAAUUAAAAAUCAUAACUACAAAUUUUGGAAUCACGAUUUUGUCCAUUGCGCUCCGGAAAUUGAAAAAUUGUUUGAAUCUGUUGCAAGAAGCUGCAUGCAACCAAAGCAACCGUCUUCUCACAAUGGCAGCGAAGAGGGGGAUUAAUAAAGAAGACAUUGUCUUAAACACUUUUUUACGAUUACUUGAAGGCAAUGUUUCUUCUUUAAUUGUCUGUUUUUUCAGACAAUAUAUGUGAAAUAAUUUUUUAGGAGUUUGAAUAUUGCGUUUCUUAUGUUAAAAAAAUACUGUCGUCUUA